AGUUCAUUCAUUUAUUUAUCCCGAACUCACGAAUUGCCUCCACCAGAAGCAGCACAUAGAAUAGUUGACCGAAGAUCUCUGCUCAGACGCGUACCGUAAAACCCAGAAGCAAUCGAAAAAUGGUCAGAAGUGAGAGGCAACAAAAAAGCAUGAAAUCCGAAGAGGUAUUUUUUGAGUCCGAGACAUCUAUGGAUCAGCAAGAUUUUUGCCAGAUGUCCUGCUCUCCUUUCAGUGACGUCUUCAACUCGGAUGACUCGAUAGACAAGAUUGACACCUUUCUGAAAAAUGUACAAGUUUUGCUAGAAGCAGCGAGUUACAUUGAAAAUAAUGAAAAGAAAAAUGGAAAAUGUGAACACGGGUAUGCUUCGACAUUUCCUUCCGUUCAGAGCGAAAACCACAACAGACAAAGGAAAUUAAAGAACAAGAAAUGCCACAAUGGUCACAACAGGUCCACGCACAACGAGUUGGAGAAGAACAGGCGAGCUCAUCUCCGGCUGUGUUUGGAGAGACUGAAGGCUCUGAUACCCCUGGGACCCAACUGCAGCCGCCACACCACCCUGGGGCUGCUCAAUAAAGCCAAAGCACACAUUAAGAAACUUGAAGAGGCGGACCGCAGGAGCCAGUGUCAGCUGGACAACCUGGAGAGGAAACAGAGGCACUUACAGCGGCAGCUAGACCAGCUGAGGGGCGGGGCCGACGGGGAGCGGACCCGGGCCAACAGCGUAGGCUCCGCCCCCUCAUCCGACCCCUCCGAUUCUGACCAAGAGGAGAUCCAGGUGGAUGUGGAGAGCGCCGAAUUCUUCCAUGGGGAGGGGGACGGGCGGAGCAGCACCAGCAGCAGCGACCUGGACGACCACAGCAGCCGCCAGAGCACGGCCAGCGAUGAGGGCUACUCCACCUGCAGCGUCAAACUGGCCUUCUCCACCUAGAGCUCCUCCCUCCACCUGCAGCGUCAAACUGGCCUUCUCCACCUAGAGCUCCUCCCUCCACCUGCAGCGUCAAACUGGCCUUCUCCACCCAGAGUUCCUCCCUCCACCUCCAGCGUCAAACUGGCCUUCUCCACCUAGAGCUCCUCCACCUGCAGCGUUAAACUGGCCUUCUCCACCUAGAGCCCUCAGAGCUACUCCACCUCCACCUCACCAGGAGACCAGCACCUCCAUACAGCCCCGCACCUCCAGUGAAACUCCUAUUCAGAAUGACUUCUACUGAUUUAAUGCUCUCGGAACAAAUGUACAAAAACAACAACAAAAGUGUGAGCACUACAGGUAGUCAGCACUCAUACUGUGUAGUUUGUCUUUAACCAAAAAGGCUUGGUUCAAAGGUAUAUAUGUAUAUCUACUCAUUUCAUGCUGAAAUGACUUUUAAAAUGUAACUUAUUUUUGAACAUAUUUGGAAACAGACGUUGCAUUUGGAAUUCAGCCUUCAGGUGCGUUUAAAAAAGGCUUAAUUUUCAUACAAAAGAAAAAAAAACAGAGAACUGCAUUUGUAGGUUUUUAGGACGUUGUGUUUUAAUCGGAUUGGAUUCUUUUCCAGCAGAUGGGUUUCCCUUUAAGUCGGGAUCUUCUGUGUCUGAUAAAGACUGAACCCUGGGCUCAAAGGUGGUCACCUGUGCCAAUAACAAAUAAUUUAAAAAGUAAUAAAUUGGGCAUCGGCUAAGCAGGAUCACAGCUUAGCACGCAAGUCAUUUCUGGGUGUUAAGCUGCCUGUGAUCCUGAGCAUUGCUCAGCACAACUUUAACACUGAGCACGGUGCUACUUAACAAACCAGCAAACAGAUCAAACAGCCUGCUCAGAUGAUCGGGUGCCUGCAGCAUCGGGAAAAUAAAAUAAAAAAACUGAAGGAAAAAAAAAAGAUCUUUAGCCCUGAAUGUGGGGAUUUUUUUGGGGGCAGAUUCUAAUUCUAGAAUCUUAAAAUGUGGUUUUAGUUGCCAGUUCAUAUAAGCUAUCCUGCACUUAUCGACAACAAAUACUGAACCAGCACCAUUAAACCUUUUCUACUUGAUGUCUCUCUUAACAGUAGGUCUGAAGCAAUAACACUCCUAGGCGUUUUUGUCUGGACUUUUUGUCCGUUUCUUUGCCCAGAAUGCAAGUGUGUGUCCAUCCAACGGCAAACGUACUUGCUAGACUUUUUGUGUGUGUACAUACGAUAGGUUAAUUAAUUUUAAAUGAACAGGAAAAAAAGGAGAGAAUGUUUGUGACCAUAUAAAAUAUGUUGCUGUUGGCUUUUUGUCUUUUGUGUUUUAAGAAUUGAAACUGUUCAGUGUCAGUCAAUGGCAUGGGUAAUUAUUAGGUGGUUCAUUUUGUCACCUAACGUUGUUCCAUGUCAUAAACGAUGCAUUUCAGUGGGAACGCAAUUAGGAUAUCAAUGCGACAUCCACUGGACAUUCUUUAGUAAAUGCUUUGAGAGUUUAAGCUGUUAUAAUGUUUAUUUGUAUUGUUUGUUUUCUCUUUUUUGGGGGGCAGAGGGGGGGCUGGGAGCUUUGAAUAUUGAGUCUGAGUAGACUAGGUUUUAUCGAACGUGUUAAAACAAACAAAGCUCUAGAUUUUUCACAAAUUGCACUUGAAAGUCCACCUUUGUCUUCUGACGUAGUUUGAAUAAUUUCCCAAUGUGCUUUUUCUUGUAUGGAAAAAAAAAACAUUGAAUCGGGUUAAAUGUGUAUUUGUUUAAAUACUCAGCCCAUUGCAACUAACUUAUUGGCUUUGUUUUGGAUGUUAUUCCUGCUGCUUUCUAGCCACAUUCCUACUCCAGAUUUUCGGUUAAACUGUGGCAUUACUGAACAAGUUGGCAAUUUUGCUAAUUUAGAGAAAUAUAUAUAUAUAUAUAUUUGUUUUGUUUUCUUCUGAUGUGCUCUCACUGUCAUUAUUGUUAUUAAUAGUAGUCAUUUUAAUUUAUUUGGCAGUCUCCUUUGUCCCGGGUGAAUUUUAACUUUCAGAAACACAAGCGAAUCAUUAUUCUCCGUCUGUACAAUGAAGCAGUCGCUUUUACUUCUGGAAAAACGUGAAAUGAGUCCCCUUCUCACAUUUUCUAUAGCCUCCUGUUGUAUAUGGGCAUGUCUUAGUAGGCACAGGUAUUGGCUGAGUUUCUGUCGGCCAUUUUCAGUGUCUCAACCGAGUGUCUCGUGAAACUUGAAGCCUCAUCUAGACUGAAUGAUUAGAGGUAUGUCGAGGGAAUUUUUAAGCAGUUGUCCUGAAAAUACAAGUACGGUACCAGUAUAUAUUUUUAGCGGUUUAAUGGGAACAUCGGACACACCAGACAGUGUCGUCACCAGCAAAGCUGUUUUACUCCAUGGUAUGCACUGUUGGAAAUUCUUAUCCAGAAAUUCGUGCUCAAGUUCUGACUUGUUGUACAUGAAUCUGCCUGCUGUUGCUGACUGAUUAAAAAAUGAAUUUAAAAAAAUCGCCAAAUGUGUCUUAACACCCCAGAGCUGACUCUUGCAUGAGCAGGUUGUCUGUUAUCUUGUUUUUUUUUUGGUGGGUUUGUUUUAUUAUUUUGUAAACUGCACUAUGAAGAAAGAUCCAUGUUAAGAAACUGUGUUUCCGAUUCCACACCAAAGUGUUUGUUUUUUUUUCUUCUUCUUUGUUCACACUAGAGGCCAUGGAAGUCAGCCGAGGGAGACCAUGUGACUGGCCCUCUGAUGUCAUUUCCUGUAUGUACUGGACAGACACUGGCAAGGGAAAAUGGGUUAAUAAAUCUAUUCCAUCCAAAUGA